CUUUCUUAUCUGUCCCCACUUUUGUCCCUUUUAUUCAUUUUCGUUCACUAACAUCAUGUUAUUGUUAUGAUUAUUAUGAGUACAUAUAUUAUAUACUAGGCUUUUAACGUAAGAAACUGAAGACCCUUUUUUAAUUUAAGCUUGCUUUACUUUACCAUGACCGAUUACGCCGUCGUGAUCCUUGCGUCAUUUUCUCUUCCACAAAUUUCAAGUUUGUUUCUUUUCUUUAAUUGAUCCAUUUCUACUGGUUAUGCUCUUCACACCACACUUUGGGUUGUUUUUUCUUUUCAUAUAAAAGACGCCCUCAGUGGGUACUCUAUUUUUUCUUCCUUCCUUCCUUCCUUCUUUGCCUUCUCAUUAUUCAUUCCUGCCUUUUGCUUUUACCCUUUUAUUCUUUUUUAUUUAUUUUUCUUUUGGAAUUAAGAAGAAGCAAAAAUUUAGGAAAAUAUGUUGUUGGGUUGGUAGAGUGACGGGGAAAAGGAGGGUCUUUGCUUCCCUCUGCUAUGGCUCCAGCUUGCAAGCUUUCUGGGUUUCGUCGAGAAGGAGGUCACUGGUUCUGCAAUGCUGGACUACCUAGUGAUAUCAUUGUUUCCAUUGAGGGUGUCAAUUUCCAUCUUCAUAAGUUCCCUCUUGUAUCAAAAUGUGGCAAAAUUGCUAGAGCAAAUGAAGAGUCCAAGAAUACAUUUAAGAAGACUCUGACAAUGGUGCUGGAAGAAUUUCCUGGUGGUUCUGAUACAUUCUUAACUGUGGCCAAAUUCUGUUAUGGGUUUCGUGUGGAACUGACAGCCAGAAAUGUCGUAUUGGUCCACUGUGCUGCAGAAUUCCUUGAAAUGACAGAUGAAUUUGGAGAAGGUAACUUGUUGUCAAAAUCAGAGAGCUUUUUCCAUAAAAAUAUACUGCGCAACUGGAAAGAUUGUAUUUUGGCUCUUCACAGUUCCGAGCCUGUUCUACCAAACGCUGAAAAGCUUCAUUUAGUGGGCAAGUGUUUGAAUGCUCUAUCUAUGAUGGUUUGUACGGACCCAAGCUUAUUUGGAUGGCCCAUGAUGAUGUAUGGGAGUUUUCAGAGCCCUGGUGGAAGCAUUCUUUGGAAUGGUAUAAAUACUGGUGCCAGAAUUCGUAGCUCAGAAUCUGAUUGGUGGUUCGAAGAUAUCUCAUAUCUCAGCGUGAGUUUGUUUGAGAGGCUUAUUAAGACAAUGCAAGCAAGAGGUAUAAGACCUGAAAACCUGGCAGGUGCUAUAAUGUACUAUUCUAGAAAACACUUGCCAGGUCUGGGUCGAUGGCAGGGUGGACAAGGUGGCAAGACCAGAACAGUUGCAAGUUUCAGCUUGACGCCUGCCACAGUUGAUCAGAGGGUUCUAUUGGAAAGCAUGGAGAAACUUCUUCCCGAAAAGAAGGGGAAAUCUUAUUGUCGUUUCCUGCUGGGACUUCUUCGCGUGGCUUUGAUAUUGAAUGUCAGUCAAACUUGCCAGGAUUCUUUAGAGAGGAGAAUAGGGAUGCAAUUGGAACUUGCAACUUUGGAUAGUCUUCUGAUUCCUACAUAUUCAGAUUCUGAUGCAUUAUAUAACACUGACUGUAUUGAACAGAUUGUCCAUUAUUUUAUAUCUACAGAAUCAACUUUAACUGUCUUUUCUCCUUCAUCACAUGAUAUACAAGCAUCCCCAUCAUCUGAAUCGUUAAGGAAAGUUGCAAAGUUGAUAGAUAGCUAUAUUGCAGAAAUUGCUUCAGAUGUCAAUUUAAAACCGGGAAAGAUACGCAGACUUGCAGAGGCGCUUCCGGAGUCAUCAAGAUUAUUGCACGAUGGGCUUUACAGGGCACUGGACGUAUAUUUCAAGGCUCAUCCUUGGCUCUCCGAUAAAGAAAAGGAAGAACUAUGCAACAUCAUUGACUAUCAGAAACUCUCAAUCCAUGCUUGUGCCCAUGCAUCCCAAAAUGACAGGCUACCCCUCAGAGUAGUUCUUCAAGUGCUGUUCUUUGAACAACUGCAUUUGAGAACAGCAUUAGCCGGGUGUCUCAAUGCAUUGGAUGGCGAAAUCGCUCCUGCUGCUCCUGUUCCUAUUACCGCCACAGGCGAUACAGCAGGCGAAAUUGUACAAAGGGAUGGAUGGGUGACUGUUGUGCGCGAAAAUCAGGUUUUAAAGGUGGAUAUGGAUAGGAUGAGUUCUAGAGUUGGAGAACUUGAAGAAGAGUUCAGUAAAAUAAAGCAAGAAAUGAGAAGUGUGAGCAAAUCUCACAGUUCCCGUAGUUCUCCUCGCUUGGUUGCCCGGAAAAUUGGGUGUAAGCUCGUUCCACGACCUUCAGAUGCUCAACCAGAAUCCCUUAACCGCACUGGAUCAACGCCAAGAGCAUCAGUUGAACGGGCACGCCGUUCCCACAAGUCCUGACACACACACAGUUUUCUUGAGUACCAAGAAACCUGAGUUCCUCUUUAUUUUAUUUAUGCAAUACAUAGCAGUGUUGUGUGUUUUAAAAUUUUUUGUACGGGGGAAAGGGAAGGAAAAUGUUUCUUAAUCCAUUAUGCUUUUUAAUUUCACUAGUCUGCAUAUCUGAACAUUUUCCAUUUCUUUCCCUCGUGUAAGGUUGGUUGUACAUUCAUAUAGGCAAUUUCACAAAUUGUCCUAUUGAUCUUCGGAAAUAGCUUAUGUAUUUAUCCAUAUAGAAUUAUUCUUCAUUUUAAGAUAUUGAAAGUAGAUUUUACUUAGUUCCCAUUUGUGAAGGACAUUAUUGUCAUCAAAGAAAGAAUCAUGCAAGACCCUCCUACCGAAGAUGCAAAGCUGAUGCAAGCUUGGAAAGCUCACAAACGAAUGUAAUUGACAAUGAAUUUGAUACUAGCAUUGUUUCUUGUAUAGAUGUCAAAUAUUGCGUAGUUGUGACUCUAGUGUAAUUUCUUAAUAAUUGACAAAAACAAAUGUAGUAUGCUCGUGUUGAAA